AUGUCUCACGGGAAGAUGACGUUGUAUAAACUCGUCGUGUUGGGUGACGGUGGUGUGGGCAAGACGGCGUUGACAAUACAGGUGCGCACAACCCACUUUCCCACCCCGAGGAAGAUUCUCCAAAAACCCCCCCCAGACAGUCCUCCCUCUGACAUGCUCGCAGUUAUGCCUGAACCACUUUGUCGAAACGUACGACCCCACCAUCGAAGACUCCUACCGGAAACAGGUGCAGAUCGACGGACAGUCAUGUAUGCUCGAGGUGCUCGACACUGCUGGCCAGGAAGAGUACACGGCGCUGCGGGAUCAAUGGAUAAGAGACGGUGAAGGCUUCAUCCUGGUAUACAGCAUCUCCUCGCGAUCGUCCUUUACGAGGAUACAGAGAUUCCACCAUCAGAUACAGCGCGUCAAAGAGUCGGCCGCAGCGGGCUCACCCACAUACCCAGGCUCCCCGCUCGCGCAGACCAUGGGCAAUGCGGCAUUUGGCCCCGCGCCCAUCAUGCUGGUCGGCAACAAGUGUGACCGGGUGACGGAGAGGGAAGUCUCAACACAAGAGGGACAAGCGCUCGCCAAAUCCCUGGGCUGCGAAUUUGUGGAGGCGUCGGCCAAGAACUGCGUGAAUGUGGAGAGGGCCUUCUAUGACGUGGUGCGGCAACUCCGCCGGCAGCGAGCCAGUGCACCGGCACGGCAGAGCACCAAGACGUCCAAUGCGGAUCCGGCGCCGCGCACACCGCGCACGAAUGGCGGCGACUACUACUCGGAUCGGGAGAAGAAGCGAUAUCGCAGAUCAGACAGGAACAGAGACCGAGGCAGCAAGUGCGUGAUAUUGUGA